UGAGCAGUUGGACCGUGUAAAAGAGCUCCUUUUGCUGAUCUUUGUAUGAAGAAUUUGUGAAUCGGUCAGCUUCCUGUGAAACUGCACUUUUUUUUUGAUUAUUGAAUACAGUGGAAGUAACCUAACUUGAUCCUAAGGACUCUUGCUGUAUGCAAUUCAGAAAUCAGCCAUGAAGAAAAGUUCGUUUUCGGGACUCACAAGGACUAGUAGUGGAAAAUUGAGAAGAACUGCUGAUGUCACCAAUCCAGCUUUGAAAAGGUCAUUUGAGGUAGAGGAAGUGGAGCAGUCGACCCCAAAUCCCUCCGCUCCCUCGAGACGAAUCCCAACUCCUCUGAGACCGAGCCCAUCACCUGGACACAAAUAUCAAGAUUUGGGCGCAAAGUAUACAGAUUCAGCCUUGAGACAGGCAGAAGCACCUAAUGCUAAAUCACCAAAGUCUUCCAUCAAGAGAAUUGAAAUUACUGGGCCUAAGCACCCAGAGCCAGUCUCACGGAGAGCAGAGAUUUCUAUUGACCUUUCUUCAAAGCAAGUAGAAGGUGCAAGUCAUGGCCUCCCAAAGAUUGGCCUUAAAAGGGCAGAACUACUAGGCCACAAGCCUCCUGAAACAGUUCCCAGGAGAACAGAAAUUUCCGGAGCAAAAGUUCAGGACAUCUCCUCAAGAAGAUUGGAAUCUGCAGCUUCCAAGCUUCCUGAUUCCAUUCCAAGAAGACCAGAGAACUUUGGAUCUUCCCCAGCAGAGGUAUCCCCAAAAAAGGUUGAGAUUCAGACAGCAAAGCAUCAAGAAGUCCCAGCUAAACAGGUGGAAAAUUCGAUCUCUCCCCACACUAAUUACCAUCAGCCACAGGAAGUGCAGCCAGAUCGAGCAGUUACUGAAACAAAAGUGAAGAACCAGAACAGUGCAGAAAAUAGCUCAAUCAAAGCCAACAUAAUGUCAGAACAUUCCCGAGAUGGAGGCAUCAAGCAGCCCAUGCAGAACGAGAAGCCAGGCUCUGACCACUUUGGGUAUGUGGGUAUUGACUCCAUUCUCGAACAGAUGAGGAGGAAAGCCAUGAAGCAAGGAUUUGAAUUCAAUAUAAUGGUUGUAGGUCAGAGCGGGUUGGGAAAGUCCACAUUAAUAAACACCCUAUUCAAAUCCAAAGUUAGCCGUAAAUCUAUCGAAGGAAAUGAGGAACGGAUUCCCCAAACAGUUGAAAUGAAAUCGAUCAGCCAUGAUAUUGAAGAAAAGGGGGUCCGAAUGAAACUAACAGUAAUUGAUACCCCAGGAUUUGGUGACCAAAUAAACAAUGAGAAUUGCUGGCAACCCAUCACAGAGUUUAUUAAUGAUCAGUAUGAGAUGUACCUGAAAGAGGAGCUUACCGUCGAUAGAAAGAAGCGGAUUCCAGACACGAGAGUACAUUGUUGUAUAUACUUCAUUGCUCCAACUGGGCACGCACUUCGAACUUUGGACAUAGAAUUUAUGAGAAGACUGAGCAAGGUGGUAAACAUUGUCCCUGUCAUCGCAAAAGCAGAUACUCUAACACUGGAAGAAAGGGAUCUCUUCAAGGAUAAGAUCAAAAAUGACCUUCAGAAGCAUGACAUAGAUGUUUAUCCUCAAAAACAGUUUGAUGAAGAUGCAGAGGAUCGCCUAUUAAAUGACAAAAUUAGAGAAAUGGUGCCUUUUGCUGUGGUUGGAAGUAACCUUGAGUACCAGGUAAAUGGAAGGAGAAUUCUUGGCCGGAAAACAAAGUGGGGGACUAUUGAAGUGGAAAACACAUCUCACUGCGAAUUUGCCUAUUUGCGUGAUCUGCUAAUAAGGACUCACAUGCAGAACCUCAAGGAUGUAACCAGCACCAUUCACUAUGAAGCGUACAGAGUUCAGCGGCUGAGUGAGGGGAAUGGGAUUUCCAAUGGAUUAGCAGAAAAGGAUUUGAACAGCAACAUGUAAAAGGUGUUCAGCUCAUCCUCCUUGCUGCUGAAUUGUUUUGACCAGCUAAUAAUUUAGGUAAAAACUACGUGGUAGUGUAUUGGCACUGCUUAUUUUAAGAUUAUUUAUUCCACACGAUGUAGUUCUGUUCACAAAAAAAAAGA